AUGUCAAGCGCAAAAUCCAAUUAUAUAUCGUCUUCUGGCACUAUCGGUUCUCAACCCUUGACCAGUAGACUCACUCAGCAAGCUUCAAAUUAUGUCACCCUUCUCUAUCUCUUUGUAGAGACUUUGAUCAGUCCUAUCGUCAACCCGGCUUCGUGGAAAGAUCCUUCCGUCCGACCACCACCCAAGUCGAACAAUAACAACCAUGGAUCUGGUAGACCUGGAGGGGGAGGAGGAGGUGGUGGUGGUGGGUCAGGCGGAGGAGGGGGAGGAUCAGGAGGGGGAGGCCGGGGUAAUGGCGGGGGAGGUGGUUUCAUGACGAUGGGUGAUCUGAGAGGUGGUGGUACUGUCGAUGGAUGCCGAGCGACUUGUGGAUAG